AUGGAGGCGCUAAGCGGUUGGACUUUGGCGCUGUUGCGCCUGCUGAGCGCUCUGCCCUGGUCCUGGACAUGGACGCCAGCGCGCACGGAGCACCCGCUGGCCAACAGCUAUUUGAACGCGGCCCAAAGACCGCUGUGGAUACUCGAGGACGAGCUGAUGAAGCGCCAGCGUGCCGACAGGCAGGAGGCGGACUAUGCCACAAACACGCGUGCCCCAACCCUGCGCCGAAGGCGCCAGGAGCGACAGCAUCUGCCCACAGCCAUAACAAUACGCGUGCGUCCGGACUCGGAGGCCGAUGAGGCGCCUCUGGUGGCGCCACCGCUGGCUGCACCAUUUACACAGCGACGCUUUUAUCUGCCGCAUCGCUUGCAGCUACCGAGCCACUACGUCCAGCAGCUGGGUGGGACGCCGUCCGAGCUUCCCAGGCUGGCGCAGCGCCGGCGCCAGCCGCAGUCGCUGCCCAUUUUUGACAGUGCACCCGGAGACAAUGCGCUGCCCACCGCCAGCUAUCCGAUCUUUGUGUACAACGGCACCAGGGGUGAGCUGCUGAUCAACACGAUGCUGAGCGGGCAGCGCUAUCCUAUGCAGGAGCCGGUGCCCGGCCAAGUGCUCUAUCCGCCCUCGACGCCCAUGUUCCGACCCAAGCCCAUUGUGGAGCGCUUGAAAUUGCCCGGUCAGCGGGAGCUGCUCAAUCUGACGUUGAUUCCCUUCUACGCCCACGAGGCUAUCACCGUUAGGCCGACAUUUGAGACAACAACGGAAGCAUACAUGGCAGAUGCUGCUCCAGAUCCGGCAACCGCUCCAGCAACUGCUCCAGCAACUGCAACGGCAGCUGAGCCACUGGCACUGACCACGCCCAUGGCGACGCUCUAUGAAACGCAGCUGCCGCGCAGCAAGCGCAAGCGGAAGGCCAAGAAGGCGAAGCAGUACAGCGCCUAUCAUUCGCCCCAGGAAGUGGUGCAGUGGCAGCCGCCGCUGCGUAGCUCGCCAGCACUGGACCCACCCGACAAUCAUCGCCACUACGUGGUGCCGACCACCGACAGGACGGACAGUGCACUGCCGGAGCAGCUGGAGCAGCUAGAAGCUGAGAUUGAGGAGCCCAGCCAGGAGCUGCAACUGGAACAGCAGCCGCCAGCACAGCCCGAGCAGACCACAAGCAGCAGCAGCAGUAGCAGUUCUCCUUCUCCCUUUCAGAUCAUCUAUGUGGACGAGAGCAUGGAGGCACCUUACGAUUCGCUCGCCAGCACCACAGAAGCUCCACCGCUGCAGCGCCAGAGCUCUCGCUAUGCCUUGAAGCGUGAGUACUACGCCUUUCCGGUCUACACGCUGGGUAAGCUGCUGCAGAGUCCCAAGCCUGGCCAGGCAAGCCACAGAGCACGCGACAUAGAGAUCGAUUGCUCGGGCGGUUCCAAGGAGCACGGUGACAAUACUUGGUUCAUUUUGAAUUCACGCUACAGGGGACCACAUCGCAAUGGCCAGAAGGGGAGCAAGGAACACACCAAGUAUUAUACAUCCAAGUAUGUACAGAGCCGUGCUCCUCGGUAG